CGAAGGUAGUUUGUAAACACAUAAGUACAAUUUCUUUCUUGUAGCCAUCCUUAUCUUCUUCCCGUUAUAAAACGUGUUCCCGUCAAGACUACAGUUUCAUCAUAUUGCCAGUGUUCAAGUUGUUAAAUUAUUUAGUCGGUAAGGAAAGAGAGAAGAGUCAUUGACAUGCAUAUUCGUUUAUUUGACAGAAAAAGAAAAUUUACUCUUUGAAGUGAGGGAGAGAGAAUGGCUACUGAAUGCCGAGCUUGAAGAAGAGAGAGCAAUAACCAACCUCAAGAUGCAAAAAGCUGAACUCCUUAAGACGCGAAAUGAGCCGUUUACAACAGAGCAAAUUCUGUUAAUACAGCACCGCAACGUCGUAGGCGUCUGCUGGCGAGAGCUUGGAAUAGCACUUGGAAUUGACCCAAGAAGACUUGACAGUCUAACACAAAAUUAUAACCUCGACAGCGAAAGGGCUUAUCAAGUCUUAAAAAUGUGGAUAGGUGAUAAUGGAAACAAUGCUACGGUAGGCCGCCUUGCAUGUGCUCUUCUUGACAUUGGAAAAGAAGAGAUUGCAAAGAGGCUCCUCGGUGACAAGUCUAAGCGACCGACUCAAUGGGAAGGAGAAGAGUCUGAGCAGCUGAAUGGAAGGGAAGGAGAAGAGUCUGAGCGACCGAUUGAACGGAAACUUACAGACGACAUUUUAAGCUUACAAGCAGAAGUUAAAAAAUUGGGAAAAAUCGUUAAUAAACGAGAAAGAAAAGAGAAGGAGAGUGAAGAGUUGCAAAAAAAGAUGAUAGAAGAAUGGGAAGAGAUGAAACGACAAUCCCAAGAUAUACUUAACACAAACGCAACCUUAUGUCAGGAUGUACAGUCGAAGCAACCCACUGAAAGCAAAAAAAAAGCGGAGGACAUAUUUAGCCUGCUAGCGGAAGUCAGAGAAUUGAGAGCAGUUGCCACUGAAAAAGAGAGAAGUUUGCAACAAAAGUAUAAUGAAGACUUGAAAAACAUGUUAAAGCAGUGUAAGCAGAUGAACAUCCAAGUCCAGAAUCUUAAGAAAAACGAAAGUAAGAAUCCAUAAGCGUGAAUAAUUAGUAUAAUGUGUUUUAUGAUUAGUUUUCUCUUUCUUAACAUCUGAGAUAUAUGUCUUUAUUAGUUUGAUUAUAGAAUAUCAAUGUUAAUCUCGUUUUUUGUUAGCCAGAGACCAAAGUAGACGAUAUAAAAAUUCACAGCAAUGUCAGUCUUUUUUUCUUCUGCACUUUCAAAACUUCCUUUUAGUGCUUUUCUCUGCCUUUCAUUUUCACAUUAUUACUUCAAGCGGUGAUUUUUAGUCCUUUAGUUCUAAAAUAUUUAUUGUCUGAGUUAACACGAACCUUCGAUUAAUCCCGUUUGCUUGUAAGUCUCUCUUGUAGAAGUGAUGGUACCAUCUGAAUAGUCAGUGUUCCAGUGCGUCUUGCAUUGUCAGGGUCCUCGAAAUUUUUAGGCGUGUUAGCCCUGCCGUGUUCAUGUACCGUGUUUUGGAUACUACGUGUUAUCAGAUGGGUUUAAACUCUCUGUUUAUGCACGGCUGAUGCACGGGGUGUCACCUUUUCCCUCGACAGGACUCGUUUAAUGUACAACGUCUGUGUCCGCGAAUUAUAACGAAAUUCCAAAUCGUCUCAUUUUUUCCCAUAUGUAAUUACUUUGCUUUUAUUGUUUGAAGAUUUUUAUUUCCCUCUAUGAAUGCAAACCAUCUCUUAGUUGCAUCACUGUUAGGUCGAAACUGCUGAUCGAUUGAUGAUUAACGUGGGCUCGAAAGAAGGUUAAAAGAUUUGUACAGCGAGCAACAGCGAGCGACUACGAAUUCAAAUGGUUAUUGUUUUCCGCUAGAAAUCACUCAAUAUGCUCACCAAAUUACUUGUUUUACUGGCCAUGUCAUUUAUUCAUGGCUAUUUUUGUUGGUGUACGGGUUUUUUCAUCCUCACUUUUCACUGAGGUCAGGAGAUCCCUUGGCGCGUACUCGUGCUCGUAAAAGUCAUCUGAAUACAAAGCGCAUGGUUUGCAGUUCUAAAACCUUUUAGCGAUCGGAAUCGCCAUUUUGGUCAGUUUGGGUCGUGCUGUCGUGAGAAUAAUUGCUAUCCUCUAAAAUUCAAGGAUUUUUUUUUACUGCAAUGAAGAAACAAAGAUGUUUGUAAUAACUCAAGUCCUAAUGACAGAAACAUCGAUAUCAGAAUGGCCCUGGAAUUCUAAAGGAUAGGAGUGGAUUUGGUCUCCUUUGCUAGAAAAUAAGUUGAUUAUACAUGUAGUUAUUUAUUUGUAAAGUAAUGUAUGUGUAUAGAACACAUUCAGUUUUUUGUUAGAAUUCAUUACAGUCGCAACGAUCAAGACAGCUCAAGUGUUCUAUCGAUCUAAAUAAGCGUAAUGGUUAUUUCUAAAUUAAUUAUUCUCAUAAAUCACAACAUACAAACUCCUCAAAUCCUUUUGGCCACCCUUGUCAAAUGUAUUACAUGACACAUGACCGUUUCAAAUAUCUCGAGUUGGUUUAAAAGCCAUUUCGAUUAGUUAAAGUGACUCUGUAUAUGAGGUAAAAAUAAUUGUUGCUUGUUUGAAAGGCGUCUCAAGAUAACGAAGAAUGGCGUCUUUCUUUUUGAAAUUUCUUCUUUCGUUUUAGAGAUAUUCACGCUUUUGCAUUAUGCAAAUGAGAAAAGUGAUGACGUCUAAAUUUUAUUUUAAGUUCAAUUAAUGCUAUAUCAGCAACAGUUUGACAACAACAUGACAACAGUUUAUUUUUCUACUACUGUAAACAACUAAAAGAAUUUACAAGGUUAUAAUUAUAAAUAAAUAAAUAAACAGUACAGUACAGUACAGUACAGUACAUACAGUAGUGGGACAUCCAAAAUAACUAAAAAGCUAAACUAAUCAGUACAAAAUUGUGGGUGAAAUUCUAAAUCCAGAAUGCAAUUGGGGGACGAUAAAUGCAGUUAACACUAUGUACAUUGUCCUGCGUUGAACGUAUAGAAUAUUUUAUUGCUAAGAGGAAAGGCAAGCUCAAAAUUUCGCCCACAAAAGUUGAAAAUUCUUAAGUUGUCUUCAUGCAACUAUUCACAGAAGUUAAACCUCCCUGUUUUAUUGUUAAUAAUGUUCAUGAAAAAAUUUCUCGAUUCUGAUUGGCUGAGAGCAGUGCAGUUCAAGUGUAA